AUGACGUUCUCGUUUGAGACAUCAAGGAUAGCUCAGCAAAUCUUGAGCGAUGAUUUUGACUGCAGUCUACUAAUGAAAGAGGCAACCCUUGAGGGGUUCAAUAUUCAAAGGCAAAUGCUGUUUGGAGUGAUGUGCUUAGCUUUACUUGUACCAUACUCCGUUACUCCACAAUCUUCAAUUUCAACAAUGUUCUACUAUAUGCAAAGAAGGGAGGCAUUAGCGAACAGCUUCCGACUUGGGCAUAUCACUGAAGAGUGUGCAGUUACCAUGCCACCUUCUACAUGUAAACUAAGAAGUCGGUACAAGUAUAUGGAAGGGUAUAUUGAUCUGGUCAGAGGUUUCAAAAAUUCGUCACUGAAAAACGUUUGGAAGAUUGGAGCUACAAAGAGGGGAAAAGCAAAGAACUGGCUGUUCCAAGGUGGAAAUCUUAACGUGGGGCUUCCUUUGCGAAAAUUUAGAAUUCCAAAGGCGCUUGAGAAUGCCAUGAUGUUCUACAACGUGUCGUCCCAAUAUACUCAUAUUGUAGGAUCAAAAAUUGUUAUAUCAGAAAAUGUGACGGAAAAACUUCUCAAUGAUUUCAUUCCUGUGAAAUCGGGAACUCCAAAUGUUACGGCUGCAUUACACAAGAUUAUGCUGCGAAAUAAUCUCGAACGCGGUUAUAUGGAUGCCGGAUUUUACGCACUUUUACUACAUGCACAUCAUUAUGCAGAACAGUUAAUUGCCGAACAACAAGAUGCAACAGCAUUGGAUAGAUCGACAAAGGUUGGAAAGCAUUUGGAAGCUUUGCAAAGAAAUAAGAGUAAUGUACCGAAGUUGUUGAGUUCCGCUGCUGGGCUCAUGGUGAUCGAUAAGGUUGCAAAUAACGCUCCAAUCAUUGUCGCUUCGGCGUCCGGUUCACUUCGCACUGUUGAAGCAGUUGCUUCUGUGAUACUCCGAAUGCUGAUGUUCGACGAGGAACCAGGAGCGGCCAUACACGCGAACGCUUCCUUCUAUGAUACAGAGGAUCCAAGAUUUUACUGCGAGAAUAAUGACGAGAAGUUUUUGAAAGAGAUGGAAAAGAAAGGCAUCAGCUGUUUUCCGUUAAAGCAGGACAAUUUUGCUCAUAUGGAUCGAAUUGCAAUGGCUAUACGUCAACGUCUUCCCAAUGGUCGACUUAUUGCUGCCGUAGAUCGCAGGGCACGAGAUUUCAACUACGCCGUAGGAUUGUGA